CGCUGGGCGCCAGUCCACCUUCAGUUUGUUUCUGACUGAGCGUCCGCACGCACAGGUGUACGAUUCCUAUUUUCCCCGCUCACAGCGACGAUCUCCAACCGACCACAGCAGAAGAAAAACGUUUCCUAUUCUUCUCUUACAAAACACAAACAGAUCUUAAAAUGGUCGGGAUGCUGGCCUUGUCUCUGCUGAUUGCCCAGGCGGCCGCCAUGGGAGCCUUUUCAGGUAACGACCCGUGCAGUCCUUAUCCUUGCGGCCCCAAUACAGAUUGUAUGGUUAGCCCGCUCGGUGUGGCCGUCUGCCGCUGCAAGUCGGGUUAUUUCCCCAAGCCGGACACGAUAACCGGCUGCGGGCAUCAGUGCGAUGAUGACGAUGAUUGUUCAAACUCGCAAAACUGCGCCAACGGACGUUGUGUCAACAUUUGCGAAGAAGGAAUUUGCGGAGUGAACGCCCUCUGCGAGCCAAGAAACCGACGUGCCAUUUGCCGUUGCCCGUCUGGAUAUUCUGGCGAUCCAUUCACUCGCUGCUCUGCUGGACAAACCGAUCAACGAAUUUUGACCGGAUCCAGCAGCAGUCACAGCAGUUUCAACAAUCCUUUCGGUGGUAAUCGCCAGACGAUUGUCACUGGAUCCAGCGAUUUCGGUGGCUCUUCCUCCUCCUUCAACAGCCCGUCUUCUUUCAACAAUCCAUCUUCUUUCAACAGCGGCUCAUCCUUUAGCAGCGGUUCCUUUAGCAGCGCCCCUGCAGUGGGCUCUUCCUUUAGCUCCGCCGGAUCUUCGUUCAACAGCGGCGGUUCCUCAUCUUUCGGUGACGAUCCUUGCUCAAACUUCAAAUGCGGAUCCAACGCCAACUGCUUGACCAGAAGCUUCCGGGCUGCUUGCGCUUGCCGUUCUGGUUACGAAGGUGAUCCGUACACUGGAUGUCGUCGCUCCGAGUGUGUCGAAAACACCGAAUGCCCCAGCGAUAAGGUCUGCCACAACUUCCGUUGCAUCAAUCCAUGCUCGACCUCUUGCGGUGUCGACUCCGAAUGUACCGUUCGCAAUCACGUCACCGUUUGCCAGUGCCCCAAGGGAUUCACCGGUGAUCCAUUCGUCUCCUGCACUCCACCAUCCAGCUCCAAUGUCGCUGGCCGCCAGAGCAGCGAUUAUUGUACCCCUUCGCCGUGCGGAACCAACACCAAAUGUCGUGUGGAGAACAACCGGGCUGUCUGCUCUUGUCAGGAUGGAUUCAUGGGCAAUCCUAUCCAGGGAUGUCGUCGUGAAUGUGAAACCGACUUUGAAUGCGACGCUAACCGAGCCUGCAUGAACUUCCGUUGUCAAGAUCCUUGCGGCACCUGCGGAACUUACGCCGACUGCAACGUCCGGAACCAUCGCGCAAUCUGCUCUUGCCCGGCCAACUUCUUGGGCGAUCCGUUCACCCGAUGCUACCCCGAGUGCACGCAACACGAGGAGUGCCGCGCCACCCAAGCUUGCUUCAACCUCAAGUGUGUCGACCCUUGCACAGGCGCUUGCGGCAUUGGCGCCGAGUGCCGUGUCGAGAGCCACAAGGCCAUUUGCUCUUGCCCCAAGGGCCACACUGGACAUCCAUUCGACCGCUGCCGACCCUUCGACAAGAGCGAUCUUUGUAACCCGAAUCCUUGCGGCACCGAUGCCGACUGUAAACCAGGCACGGACCGUCAAGGAAACGACAGGCCAGUCUGCUUCUGCCGCACCGGAUAUCUGGGAGAUCCCCUCGUCGGUUGCCGAAAGGGCCAAUGUAUCGACCAUGCCGAUUGUUCUGCCAAUCAAGCUUGUUACGGUUACCAAUGCGUUGAUCCAUGCACCAGCACUUCUUCAUCCAGAUCUUCCGUUUGCGGAAUCGGAGCACGAUGCGAUGCACGAAACCACGGAGCCGUAUGCUCAUGUCCCGUCGGCCAGGACGGUGAUCCUCUGGUUGAAUGCCGUGCUUCCUUCAGGGGUUAAACAAAAGUUAUUGCAAUUUUAGAAAAGAAAAACACACACAUAAAAAUAAAUCUUCCUUCUUCUUUCUCUGUCCCCACACAUCCGGAGUUCUCUAGAACAGAAUAAAAAAAAAAUUUACGAAGAUGAAAAGUGAAACAAUAAAGCAAACUCAGCAAACGCCUAGACGAUGUUUUUCAUCUCUCACGCUGUAAAAAAAAAGAAUCGCUUUAUUACUUGUCCAGUUUUUCUUUACCUUUUGGCAGACCGGGAAGGGUGGGGCAACACGCCUAUUGUUUUAGGACAAAAACAACGGAAACUAAUCGUAAAACAGAUGUUUUUUUUUUUACUCCUUGUGUUUUUUUAUUCGGCUUUGUACCUAAUUUAACGUGUCUCAAAACUGCUUAUUUCCUGCGAAUGGCAUGAUAUUAUACCUUUAAUAUUAUACCUGAAUGAUUAACUCUGGCCUUUUUAAAUACAAGAAAAUUCGUUUUCUAAAAUAAAAUUGUUUUUGAUGA